AUGGAAGGUGAAGAAUUUCAUCUUCAAUGGGAUGAGGAGGAUGUUAAGCCCACUAUUGUGGCAAAUGAAGAAGUAAUAUGUGGCCUUGAUAAUGUGCAGAGUGAAGCAUAUGGAAAUAUUACCUCUGAAGAAAUAAUAGCUGAUACUGACCAUAUAGCAGCACAAAAUCUAGUUUAUUUGUCACAAGAUGUCAGUUAUACGGAAAGUGCUGAAUUAACGGAAGAUCCUAAUGUGGAAUGUGUUACGGAAGAAGUUGUAACAGAUGACUGGGUCAUUUCUGGUGGACAGGAAAGCUUUCCUUUCAGAGUGGAAGUGCCUAUAGAACAUUUAGCAAAUCCCAUCCAAGACAUUAAAGAAGAAAAUGACAUUGAUGUUCCACUACCAACAGAUCAAGAUGAGUACACAGCAAUGCGACCAUGGCCGUGCGACUUCUGUUCGCGGCGGUUCCGCAAGAAAGCAGCAUUGAUGAACCACAUGGUGGCGCACCAGAACGACCGCCCGCACGCGUGCAACCUGUGCGGCGUGCGCUACGUGCGCAAGUGCGACCUCAUGGCGCACCUCAAGGUGCACGCCUACGUGCCGGACCCGGACCCUAUGGAUUAUCAGCAAGACGAACUUCUAGCACACACCCCUAUAGUAAAAACAAAGAAAAAAAGGGGUAGACGGAAAAAGAACCCAGAACCUGUUGAGAACGGUGUAUGGGAGCACAUGACGUCAGCGCGCACGCAGCAGUGGUCGCGGCGCGCGCGCACGCCGCCGCCCGCGCCGCCCUCGCCGCCCUCCCCGUCGCUGUCGCCGUCGCCGCCGCCGCCGCCCUCGCCCUCCCCGCCGCCGCCCGCAGACCCCUCGCGCCCCUUCGUGUGCCGCCACUGCGGGAUCGGCUUUGCGAGAGAGAAGGCCCUCCAGUCGCAUGCUAGGGUGCACGGCGGCGACUCGCCGGUGGAGUGCGGCGAGUGCGGUGAGCUGUGCUGGUCGCGCGAGGCGCUGCGCGUGCACGCCGCGGCGCGCCACCCGCACCUGCGCGCGCCCGCGCCCGCCAAGCAAGAGCCCGACUACGAUGACUGCAAUUCUGGUGACGACAUGGAGUUCCGGCUGUCGCCCGCGGCGCACAGCGGCAGCGAGGCGGAGGCGGGGCGCGCGCGCGGCCGCCCCGAGCGCGACGUGCGCGGCCCCGAGCUGUUCUGCGGGCACUGCGGCGUGGCCUUCCAGCGCGCCGACCUGCUGCGCCGGCACGUCGCCGCCGCGCACAGCUACAAGCGGCACGACAGCACGAGCACGUGGGAGCAGGAGCACACGUGCGACGUGUGCGGCGAGAGCUGCCCCGACGCGCUGCAGCUGCUGGCGCACGCCGAGCGCCACGCGGAGCGCUCGCGGACUACCAGAUUAAAAAGAAUGGGUAGAGGUAAAAACAGUAGUGCAUCGAGUAACUCGCGGCAGUUCCCUUGUAGAGAAUGCGGCAAAGUGUUCGGGUCGCGCAGCUCGCAGCAGAUCCACAUCCGCAUCCACACGGGCGAGCGCCCCUACGCCUGCCGCUUCUGUUGGAAGGCCUUCGCGGACGGCGGCACGCUGCGCAAGCACGAGAGGAUACACACUGGAGAGAAGCCGUACGCAUGCGCCGUGUGCCCGCGCGCAUUCAACCAGCGCGUGGUGCUGCGCGAGCACGUGCGCUCGCACCACUCCGCGCCCGACCGCCGCGCUAACGGUGGAUAUCAAUAUUGUUGUGUAGUGUGUGGACGACCGAUGCACUCAAGCGCCGAAUUAGUCCAACAUCUUAUUCAACACUGUGAUGAAAAUACAGCCAUGAAAAGGCAACCUCAGAGUGGACCAAGAAAGUAUAAGCGGCGACGAAAAAUAAAAACCGAAGAGUCACCCGCUCGACGCGAGUGGGAGGUUCCGUCGCCUUCUCCCGCGCCCUCCCCCGUGCCCUCACCCGCGCGCUCGCCCUCGCCCGCGCCCUCCCGCUCGUCCCUGCUGUCCCCGCGCACGCGCCGCGCGCCCCGCACCUCUCCGCCGCGCCGCCGCCGUCGACGCGCACCGCCCCCGCGCCCCAAGAUGAUACACACUGAGGAGCCCAGACCGAGGACUAAACAGGUACGAAGUCGGAGACCUCCACGGCGUCCAGCGGAUGAUUUGCGAGCGAUAGGGCCGCGCUCCCCGUCGCCCGCUCCGCCCUCCCCGUCGCCCGCUCCGCCCUCCCCGUCGCCCGCGCCGCCCUCCCCGCCCGCACUGGCGCCGCCCUCCCCGCCUGCGCUGGCGCCGUCCUCCCCGCUCGCGCCGACGUCGCCCUCUCCACCCUCGCCCGCGCCGCCCGCCGCCGCGCUCGACGACGGCCCGGUGAAGUGCGCCAUGUGCUUGCUGGAGUUCCCGCAUCUGGAUGCGCUGCUGAUGCACGUGCCGGUGCACAUA